AUGGAGGACGCUUGUUCUUGGAUUAGGAGAACGAAAUUCUCACAUCGGUUUGAUUCAAGAUUGACCCCUGUUCCUUUCCAAGAAGUGCAGAGGAACAGUCGUAUGUCUUCACCUAUUGGUCGAAGUUCACUUGUCAACGAGGAGCGAUCUUUGUCUCAUACGCCGGAGAACAACCUUACCGAUGUGUUCAAGGAAGCUCAGACUGAUACGAAGAGAUCUUCCACACCGCCACACUCUAGGAGAAUACAAUCAGAUGACCAGGGAAUCAUGGGAAAGCUUUUCAAGAAGAGUUCACAACCUAACUCAUCACAUCUGUCGCAUUCGGCUUCGAAUAGUGACAAACCGAGCAAAUCAAAGAGGAAAGAAGCUAAGAAUUUCGAGCAUGGAGGUGGGAGUAGUGUUAAUGCGGUGGAUGAACUUAGUCUUGAUUUGUCAAACUUGUUUCUUGGUCCUAAGUUUGCCCAUGGAGCUCAUAGCACGAUUUAUCAUGGGAAAUACAAUGAUGAAGCUGUUGCAGUAAAGAUGAUCAAGAUACCGGAAGAUGAUGAAGGUGGAGUCUUGGCAGCUUCAUUGGAAAAACAAUUCAACAGAGAGGUCAGUCUUCUUUCUCGCCUCCACCAUCCAAACGUAAUAAAGUUGGUUGGAGCUUGCAGAAAGCCUCCUGUUCUUUGUGUAGCCACAGAAUAUUUAGAUGAGGGUUCUUUGAGGCUUUACUUGAAGAAACUGGAAGGCAAAUCUCUUCCUUUAGAGAAACUGAUUGCCAUGGCCUUGGACAUUGCUCGGGGGAUGGAAUACAUCCACUCACAAGGAGUCAUCCACCGGGACCUUAAGCCCGAGAAUGUCCUUAUCGAUAAAGAUUUCAGGCUGAAAAUUGCUGAUUUCGGCAUAGCAUGUGAGGAGGGCCUCUGUGAUUCUUUGACUGGAACUUACCGUUGGAUGGCCCCCGAGAUGAUUAAGCAUAAACACGCACACGCAAAAGGCUUAGCUAAAGCGCUUGGCAUGGAUUCCACCAACAAGCCUUAUGGGCGUAUGGUCGAUGUCUACAGCUUUGGACUGAUUCUGUGGGAGCUAGUAGCCGGAAAAAUCCCUUUCGCUGAGAUGGAUCCCAUUCCUGCUGCGUUUGCGGUUUUGAAUAAGAAUUUGAGGCCACUUAUCCCAAAGGACUGUCCUCCUGCAAUGCGAGCCUUGAUCGAGCAAUGCUGGUCGAUGCAGCCGGAAAAGAGACCUGAGUUUUGGCAGGUUGUAAAGGUGUUAGAACAAUUCCAGUCUUCCUUUGCUUGA